AGAUCGUUCGAUCGAACUAGCCACACUCGUAAUCGAGACGUCCGUUUCGUGGCCGGUGGUGUCCAGCAGCAUGAGCUUGCUCAUAAUUCUGGCCGCAUUAGUGGCGUCAACGAUCGCCAAGACUUACGAACAGAGAGAGUACUAUCAAUACAGAGGUCCACCGGCGCCAUUAACCAGCGAUGGGAUGGUGAUGGACACGCCGGAAGUGGCCCAUGCAAGAGCUGCCCAUCUAGCGUUACACGCUGAAACGAUAGCUAGAUUAAGAAAAGCUCAGAACGAUUACGAAACGUACGAGAACAACGAAAUGUACAUGCCUCGGAUGAUGGACCCCAUGGAGGUUAUUACGCAGAAACGACAAAGACAGAGGACGUUCGUGCCUUUGGAGAAUGACGGACGCGCCAUGGAAACCUGUAAGACUUGCAGUAUACCCCAGAUGACAGAAGCAAAAAUCCCGCAUGUAGCAACGCAUGCGAGAGCAGCCUCAAAGGCAUCCGAAUUUUAUGAAUUCGACGUCUUUGACGGACGAAAAAAUUUGGUUUACCUUGCUCCUAUCGGACUGACGUAUAAACACACGCCAACGAUAGGUUAUCGGGGACCAUUGGCGCCCCUGGGACCGGAUGGCCGCGUGAUAGACACACCGGAAGUAACGAGGGCACGCGAGGCUCAUAUGAAGGCGCAUGCUCGCGCUGUGGCGCUUUCAACGCAAAACGAUCUUUACUACUGACCAAUAAAAUAGGAUCUCUCUUUGUUUAUUCCGUGAGAUUUGGGUAAACGGACAUGUACGAUACGUUAAACGACUAACUUUGGUAUUUUUGUUUAAAAUUAAGAACGAUGAAAAGAUGCAAUACUCCGUUCUUUGAAGAGUUGUAAUAUUUUGAAACCGAAUUUUGACAUUUCUGUUUCAAGCUAAGGAUGAUGAAUAUAUUAUAAAGUUAUAUACAUGUACUGUACUCGAGUGAAGAAAAUUGCGCGUGUCGCCCAGUUUUCUUCUCAAAUCGUUCGACUUUCUGUCAAACUGUACGCAUUCGUUCUACGAGAAUCGCACAAUGUAACUUUUCGCAGCAAUGAGAGCACCGUUUGUAUUGUACCUGAUUUUUUACAUUUAACAUCGUUUUGGACUUUGAUUUUCGUUUGUUCGGCAGUUUGACAACGAAAACAACCUACGCACUUUUUGUAAAUAAUGUUACCAAUGCACACACUCAACCCUACAUAUACGUAAUAUUAAUUAAAACGAAUCAUUUUAUAUGAAAUAACGAUUUCUUUUUAUCUCACAUUGCCAUUGCUGCAAUUCGAAUUUUAUUGCCAUAUGAUUGUUACUAAUGAUUAACAAUAGGUGAUUUUAACAACGUCUAGAUUCUAAGCCAAUAGUAAUAACUUAUGAUAGUCGUAGAAGGUUAAGAUACUUAUGUGAAAUGAAUUUUACGUUGAUUAGAAAAUCUCUCUCUUACCACCAAAGUGUAUUCUGUAUUUUUUAUUAUCUUUCCUGUGAAAUAAAAUA